AUGGCUGCGUUUCCGCCUGGGAUAUCAUCGCGGAUCGUGCAAACCGCUGAGCUCGACGUGCACAUCCUAGAAGCUCUUCCACCAAACGGUGUUUCGCCGAAGCCGCCGCUGCUCCUCCUGCUUCACGGAUUCCCUGAGCUCGCGUAUUCCUGGCGGAAAGUCAUACUCCCCCUCGCGGCAGCAGGGUACCAUGUCGUCGCCCCAGAUCAGAGGGGUUACGGUCGCACUACCCCCGCACGCACCGGAGACUCAGCCUCUCCAUCGAUAAUCAAAUAUACAGAUGACCUGUCUCCGUAUCGCAUGCUGAACCUUGUCAAGGACAUCGUAGCUCUGAUCCACGCGCUGGGGUACCCCUUCGCUUCUGCCGUCAUAGGACACGACUUUGGGUCGAACGUGGCCGGGUUCUGUGCUAUCAUUCGCCCUGAUCUGUUCAAAUCAGCGGUGAUGAUGAGUGCACCGUGCACCGGAGCACCCCCUCUUAUCACCAACCGUAGUCGCGCGUCAUCAGAAUCCGUACCGCAAAUGGCUGAUAGGCUGCUUUCCCGGUUGACGACCCCGAGAAAGCACUACACGAUGUACUACUCAUCGGCCGAGGCCAAUGACGAUAUGAUGAACGCUCCAGGGGGGCUGCACGCGUUCUUACGUGCGUAUUAUCAUGUUAAGAGCGCCGAUUGGGAGGGGAACAACCCGUAUAAGUUGCCUGCCAUGUCGGCGGAGGCUGUUGCUGUUAUGCCCCAUUACUACAUCAUGCCGUUGGACUCUACCAUGCCUGAGUGCGUGGUGAAACACGCACCGCAGAACUCGAGCGAGAACACUUGGCUUCCGGAUUCUGAACUCGCUUAUUACACGGGCGAGUUCGCGAGGACGGGGUUCCAGGGGGGGUUGAAUUGGUAUCGGUGCAUGACGGAUGUGCGAUGGAUGGAUGAUCUGUUGGUCUUUUCUGGAAAGCAGAUCGAGGUGCCGGCGAUGUUCAUAUCGGGGAGGAAGGAUUGGGGGACGUACCAAGUGCCUGGUGCGGUGGAAGCGAUGAAGGAGAAGGUUUGCAGGCAUAUGGCAAACGAAGACUUUGUGCUCGUGGAUGGGGCUGGUCAUUGGGUUCAACAAGAACAACCGGAGGCUGUAAUAGAAGAGGUGUUGAGGUUCUUGACGAAGGUCUUGUAA